AUGCCCACUCAUGCCGAGCAGCGGGUGCUGCCCUACGAGCCGCAGAAACUCUUCGAUCUGGUGGCCGACGUCGGGCGCUAUCCCGAGUUUCUCCCCUGGUGCAUCGCCGCGCGCGUGCGCCGGCGCGAGUCCGACGGCCGGCGCAUCGUCGCCGACCUGGUGAUCGGCUUCAAAAUGAUCCGCGAGCGCUUCACCAGCCGGGUCGACCUCUACCCGGACACCGGCGAGAUCCACGUCGAGUAUGUCGAGGGGCCCUUCAAGUACCUCAACAACACCUGGCAGUUCAUCGAGCACCCCGAGGGCUGCCUGAUCGACUUCUACGUCGACUUCGAGUUCCGCUCGCGCUUCCUGCAGAAGAUGAUCCAGCCGCUGUUCAACGAGGCCGUGCGCCGCAUGGUCGCCGCCUUCGAGGCCCGCGCCCGCGAGCUUUACGGGUAG